AUGGGAGGCCUUGGAGCGCAGGAGGUGGGAGCGGAUGCGCAGCACGUCCAGGCGGUAGAGCAUCGUGUGGAGGAUGUAGAGCGUGGCGGUGAGCCAGAGUGUGAACACAGUUUGGUCGAUCCGUUGGAAGAGGGAGGGAAAGUGUUGGGAGUGGAGGACUCUGUGGAGCUGGGCGCAGAGGUCUCUGCACGUGCGCUUGCCUUGUUCGUCGCGUGCCAUGCCUUCGAGGCUCCAGGGACUGCCGAGGGUGAAGCCGUACUGGUAGAGCGUGGGAUGGGUGUCCUGGCACUGGACGAGGGAGCGGCAGGAGAGGCGGUGUCCUGCGGUGGUGAGGCUGGUGGACUGUUGAGCCUCGUCGUUGUAGGUGACAGGGCAAUUCUCGGCGCAGCUGCGCUCAUGGCACCAGGCGCCCGGGUAGCCGCAGUUGCCGCGGCAGUCCUCGCACAGCUGGUGGAGCAGGUCGUAAAGGGUCUCCGUGAGGUAGACCACCCAGCUGAGGUAGUGCCCGCUGUAGGCGGGGGAGUAGACGGCGAAGCUGUGGUAACUGAGCGACCGGAGGUAGCGGCCGCAAGUCGUUGCCGAGGCGGAGCAUCCGACGAAGCUGAAGAGGUCGGCGGCGGAGUGGUGGGCGGCGUUGGCGGCGUAUAUUGCGGUGGGGAUGAAGGUGAAUGUGCGUCCCAGGUUUGCGUCCUUGACGGCGUCGAGGAAGGCGUCCUGAGUGUGCGCGCGGACGGCAAGAUCGGCGAGGACGCUGCGGAGACGGUCGCCCCGCUUGGUGUGGGAGGCCGUGAGGCUGAUGUUGCGGAAACCCAUUGGGGUGGGACAGGGGAUGCCGCGGUGGUCAGCCGGAUCAGCGGGAUACGAGAGGUUGAGGGUGUUGUUGAAGUGGUCGCAAGCGUAGCGGCCGGCGGCGUGGCCGUGGCCGAGCACGUUGACGACAGUGUCCUCGGCGUGAGAGCAUACCUCAUGGAGAGCGACCGUCAGGUCGGGGACUUUUAUGGUGGUGACCAUGGAUUUACUCACAUCAGAAGGCACAACCACGGCGCUGUAGUAAGUAAGGAGCACGUCGAAGAGUUUUUUAAGAACGCCGGCGUCACGUUCACUGCUGAUUCUAAACAGCGUACUGCCGUCUCUAUCAAGGAGGCCACCAAUGUAUCUGCCGUUGCACUCAGCGUCGUCCCGCAGCUCCGCUUCUUCGGAACCAUCCUCGGCGACGCGAUAACCGGAGUCCCUGAAGAAGACGCCAAGGGGGUUACUCAGACUGAUCCGAUAAUCGGCCCAAUCGUCGGACAAAAGCUCGGCACGCAGGUCAUCAAAAUCACAGUAGAGCAUGUUGGAAAUGGUGGAGUGCACGCCGAAGCUCUUGGGUGCGAACUCACGAAGCUCAUUUUUGAGUAUCUUCAGGUUGUGGCAAAAUUUGUGGUCGAAGUGCCCGGCGACCUGGAGGGCGCCAAGCAGCGUGGCGAGGGCGUCGGCGGUGGGCGCAAUUUUGGGGGCGUCGGUGGCAAAAUCCUCUUGGCGCUUCACGUUCUGGAAGAGAUACGCAAAGGCCGUGCGCAGCGUCUUGGCCGCGUGGCUGAGCGUCGACUUGUGCUUCGGGGACUCUACCCGAGCGCCGGGGUGUGCGGAGGCCUCCCCGAUUUUCGCGACUUGUGCGACAAAUUUGUGUUCCAAUUUAUUCAUGAAGCCCUUGAAGCCCACCGUCAAGUCCUCGGUGAUAAGAGCGUCCCGUGCGGCGUCUAUUUCCCUGUCCACUGCCUUUUCCAGCAGCUGUUUCACGGCCUUGCCGGCCACGUCCAGGCUCCUGACGAACGCUCCGGCGUCCCUGAUGGGACCGGUUUCCAGACUCCUCUGCAUCUCGCUGAUGUCAUGCCUAAUUUUGUGCACGCUCCCCCUCGCAGUUGUGAGCUUGUUGAAAAGUCUCUCCUUAAGGCGAUCCAAUUUCGCCUUGGCAAAUUCAGCGUCCUCCUUUACGCCGUUGCACAGCUCCACGAAUUUCUCUCUCACCUUCUUGACUUCUUUAUCCCGCACGCUCUCCACGUCCCUCUCAAUCCUCUCGAGGCCCCUGGCCUGCUGGCCGUUGACCUCCCAGUGCUCUCCGGGCCCGAGGGCCUCGGUCGUAAAUUCACGCAGCUUGGCGGUGACAUCCUUGCCCAACUUCCCUCUCACGGCGGCGAGCGCGAAGCCCAUCGCCUGCAUGUGAUCGUAGAUUUCUUGCGGUUUCUUUUUAAGCUCGCCGGUCUGCAGAGUCUUAAUCUCACGCGUGAUUUUUCGGAGGCCUUUGACAUCUUUCUUGUCCGUCCAGUCGGCUCCGCCGUCCUCGAGGCCUUUCUCCUUCAGCGACAUAAGCCUAUCGGUGACGUCAGUUCUCACCUCACGUCGAAUUUGUCUGAGUUCCCGACUUAUUGA